AUGCAAUGGCUGUGCGUCACCAAUGUUUACACACUGACUUCGGUAACCUCUUCGCUGAAUGUCACAAUGGUCGUUACUCUGAGGAAAUUCAUUUCUUUGGCUCUUUCAGUAAUAGCUCUUUUUGUAUUUUUGUUGGUGCACUUACUUUUACGGAGUUCUGGGCAACAAAAAGUUGGAGAAGCUGGUUUACUAAGAACCGCUUCUGCGGAGUUGCAACACUAUUGUUUGUCUAAAAGUUACAAGUUGUUCGCUGCAACAGCCAUAGACGGCACCGGUAGCUCUGACCUUUUUACCAAUAUUUUGUAUAAGGAAUCAGUAGUAUUGGAAGGGUCGAGGGAUUUCCGCUGCUUGCUUGAAAUUCUUCUGUUCUGCAUUUUACCUGCUUCAUGUUGAAA